AUGCGGUCAAUCUGCCUUCUUUUCCUUCAAGCUGUGUUCAUUGGUUUUGCCCGACACACCAAAGUAACUGCGAAGAGGCAUUGCCCCAAGUUUACUUCUUGUAUUGACACCUAUGCUGACAUUUAUAAAUCCCUAGCAUCAGAGGACAACAGUUUCAACAUUGAAUCUGCGCUGCAUCCAGCAAUGACGCCAUCAUCACUUGUAGUUAAAGUAGAGUUCAUUACACACAAUGAAACAUCAGUGGCAAAUUACACUUGGAAUUUAAACUGUUUAUAUGUUGCUAUUCCUCCUCAAGUCCUCCUGCUCUUGUCGCUUGGGUCCGUUCUUGUUACACCACGCACACAAGAGCUGAAAAUCUGCAUCCCCGAUUUCUGUAGAAAUAUUACAUCGACCAAGGAGCAGAAAGACCUCAUGACAGGUGUUCUCUCUGCGGUACGCAACUGUAUGUCUACUAUUCUGUAAUAGUUUACACUAAUUACAGGAGUGACAGAGAAACCGAGAUUAUACAAUUUAAAGAGGAUUAAUCAAAGUCAUAAAGAAUCCAUACUCUUACAAAAAAUUCUUACACUUUAGGAGCCAACACCAAGAGGAAUUAUUGUUGGAGCAAGAAUUUGUCAAAUCCAGUCUUGUAAAAGUUUUAAAAAGGCAGAGACGUAGAUUUUAUGUCGCAUUUCGGAAGUGUCAAACAAGUUUUGACACUUUUUUUUUCAAUUUAAGAAAAGAGUCGUGUAACUCCUUUAUUACAAAAUGAUGACCAAAUCUAUGAAUCACCUUGUUCAGUCAUUAAAAUGAAAAUAAGGGUGUUUUCUGCAGAGUAUCAGUGUUGCUAUACAAACCACUAAGGUCUAGACUGACCAUAAAUUGUUCUCCAAUUUGAAACUGGGUGUUGAAUAUUUUAUUGUUGCAUUAACUAGUAAAAAAGUGGCAAUGUGUUGAUACUAAAAAGUGUUUGUUCACCCAGUCCGGUCUCUAUCGUAUUAUGCAAAUAUUGAUCAUAUUAAACAUGUUUCUUUUCCUCAGCUUCAAGAUCUGGCCGUGCGUCCAGGAGUGCGGGAUCCAAGACUUAACACAGUAGAGUGCGUUAUAGAGGGACAUGAAACAGACAUCUUGGCUACAGGACAGAGUUCGUACAUAAGGGCAAUUUUAUGGUGCGCUUUUAUUUUUUCAUUCUGGGCUGGUCCUUAUUUAGCGGAAAUUAUUUUAGGUGUAAUAGAUCAGAGAUCCCAAGGUCCCCAAAGUCCAACUGCAACCUCAUCCGCCGGGACGGGGCAAGUUGAAAUUGAUAUGGAACUCCUUGAUUCCCAGGCUCCCACUUCCCCGGGCCCGGGAGAAAAUAUUUCGGAGCCCCUGAUAAGGGCAGUAGUUUGCGUAUGUUGUUUAUUGCUUUGUGUAGAAAUUAUAAUAUUAGGCUUUAUAUUCAAAUUUUCUGUAUCAGGAAAUGCCCCAAUUGAUGUUUACAUAUAUAUUGGGAUCCUUAUUUUGGAAGGUGUGAUAUUAACUUGCUUAAAAAAAUGCCCUUCGAAAAGAGUGUUUAUAUCAACAUUUUGUCUAAUCUUUACAUCCCAUCAUUUUUGUUGGCUGGUGAUCGGCAUUAUGAUAAAUCCAGUGUGGGGACUAACGGUUUUACUCCUAGCUUGCUUUUCUGUCGUCUUGUUAACUUUCCUACUCUGCCGGUUUUUUGGGGGAGGCAAUUUCAAAUGCAGUCGAGACGACAUCAUGCAAAUCAUGGUAUGUGGUGCUACCUUUUGUGGUGGUCUCUCGCUUGUUGCGUCAGCAGUUUUAGCGGGACAGUCGUGUUAUGGAAGGGGGACUGCGGACGAGCUGGUGAAAACUGUAGUGUUGUCUGUUAUCAGCCUUGGUACUUCACUGUUGUCUUGGCUGAGUAAAAAACGUUAG